AUGGCCGAAAACAGUAUGAUAUCUGUUGAAGAAGCACUCAAGACAGUGUUGAAUGUCGCUCAACGGUUGCCGCCUGUGACGGUGUCCCUCCAUGAGGCCUUAGGCAAAGUUUUGGCGCAAGAUAUUACUGCCCCUGAUCCUCUUCCUCCUUAUCCUGCCUCUGUCAAGGAUGGGUAUGCAGUACUUGCUUCAGAUGGACCAGGUGAAUAUCCUGUAAUUUCUGAAUCAAGAGCAGGAAAUGAUGGAGUUGGCGUGACUGUGACCCCUGGAACUGUUGCUUAUGUGACAACAGGAGGACCAAUACCCGAUGGUGCUGAUGCUGUUGUGCAAGUAGAGGACACCCAACUAAUAGAAAAUGCAUCAGUAGAUUCAAAGCGAGUACGAAUAUUGAAACAGAUUAAGCAGGGAGUUGAUAUACGUCCAGUGGGAUGCGAUAUUGCUGAAGGUGAUGUGGUUUUGAAAUCUGGAGAACGUUUAGGACCUGCAGAGAUUGGCCUACUUGCCACUGUGGGUGUAUUGACAGUGAAGGUAUAUCCUACCCCGACAAUUGCUGUGCUUUCAACGGGUGAUGAACUUGUUGAGCCAACCAAUGCGACUUUAAAUCGUGGUCAGAUUAGGGACUCCAACCGUGCCAUGAUACUUGCUGCUGGAACACAACAGCAGUGCAAAGUUCUUGACCUUGGUAUAGCUCAUGAUGAUGAAAAAGAAAUUGAGAAGAUUCUGGAUAGAGCUUUUUCUUCUGGAAUCGAUAUCCUUCUGACUUCUGGAGGUGUUUCCAUGGGAGACAGGGAUUUUGUUAAGCCUCUACUUGAAAAAAUCGGAAAAGUACACUUUCAUAAGGUUUGUAUGAAGCCAGGAAAACCUCUUACAUUUGCUGAGAUAGUUCCUGGGUCUACUGAAAACAAGAAAGUCCUUGCGUUUGGAUUACCUGGGAACCCUGUGAGCUGUUUGGUUGGUUUCCAUCUCUUUGUGGUCCCUGCCAUUCGACAUCUUUCUGGAUGGACCAAUCCUCGCCUUCCAAGAGUGCAUGCUCGUCUUAAGCGGUCGAUUAAGACCGAUCCAAUUCGUCCGGAAUUUCAUCGUGCCUUUGUCAGGUGGGAGGUCAAUGAUAGAUUAGAAAACUCAGGAUUUGUUGCUGAGAGUACUGGCCACCAAAUGAGUAGUCGACUUCUAAGUAUGAAGUCAGCAAAUGCUUUCUUGGAACUUCCUGCAUCAGGCAACCUAAUUCCUGCUGGAAGUUUUGUGGUAGCGUGGAUCAUUUCCGACUUAAGUGAUUUUGCUGGACAUGGAUUGCCAACAUCAGCCCAGUCAGUUAACGCAGAACAGGGAUGCAUGCCUCAAGAAAUAAAUUUUGAGUCACAAGGUUCUGAAUUUAGAGUGGCUAUCCUCACAGUAAGUGACACUGUUGCAUUGGGCUCAGGGCCUGAUAGAAGUGGUCCACGGGCAGUGUCUGUUGUGAAUUCAUCAUCGGAAAAACUAGGAGGGGCAAGUGUGGUUGCGACUGCUGUUGUUCCCGACGAGGUGCUGAAAAUCAAGGAAUACUUAAAGAGGUGGAGUGACAUUGACAAAAUGGAUCUCAUUCUUACCCUUGGUGGCACUGGCUUUACCCCAAGGGAUGUCACCCCAGAAGCUACAAAGGAGGUGAUACAUAAGGAAACACCUGGUCUUCUGCAUGUUAUGAUGCAAGAGAGUUUGAAGGUAACACAAUUUGCAAUGCUCUCCCGCUCUGCAGCUGGAAUAAGAGGAUCAACACUGAUAAUUAACAUGCCGGGGAAUCCCAAUGCUGUUGCUGAAUGCAUGGAGGCUUUGCUGCCUGCUCUUAAGCAUGCAUUGAAGCAAAUCCGGGGCGACAAGAGAGAAAAACAUCCUCGUCAUGUUCCUCAUGCAGAUGCUGCUCCGGUUGAUACCUGGGAACACAGUUACAAUUCAGUGCUUGCCAACCGGAAUCAUUUUUUCGUUCAAAGCAUAAGGAAGUUUUGCUGUUAA